AUGGCCCCGCUGGAGAGGCAUCAUGUGCUUGACUACGGCGCGCGUUUGCAGGCUCUGCAACGCGUUGGUGGCAUAGCCCAGCGUCCCUUGACCCUUUCGGAGAAGCUUUUAUACAGCCAUCUCAUCCACGAGCACGAUGAAUGGUCACUGGGCGACAUUGAGCGCGGCCAAACCAUCCUGCGCCUUCGACCCGACCGCGUGGCCUGCCACGAUGCUACAGCCACCAUGGCUCUUCUCCAAUUCAUCAGCGCGGGCCUACCACGAGUCCAAGUGCCGACAUCCAUUCACAGCGAUCACUUGAUCGUCGCAGAGCACGGCGCGGAGCAAGAUCUCGAGAGGGCGUCAAGCGACCACCGCGAAGUAUACUCAUUCCUCGCCAGCGCCAGCAAGAAAUAUGGCAUCGGCUACUGGAAGGCAGGCGCCGGUAUUAUCCAUACAACUAUCUUUGAGAACUACGCUUUCCCCGGAGGGCUGAUGAUCGGCACCGACUCACAUACACCGAACGCUGGCGGCAUGGGGAUGCUUGGAAUCGGAGUUGGCGGCUCGGACGCUGUUGAUGCCAUGGCUGGUUUGCCAUGGGAGCUGGUCUGCCCCAAGGUCAUUGGUAUUCACAUCACUGGCGAGCUCCAGGGUUGGAGUUCGUCCAAGGACAUCAUCUGCAAGCUGGCCGGGAUCCUGUCUGUCUCAGGGGGCAAGGGCAAAAUCCUCGAGUUCUUCGGGCCUGGUGUUCGAACUCUGGGUGCUACAGCCAUGGCCACCAUAUGCAAUAUGUCUGCCGAAGUCGGGUCGACAUCAUGCAUCUUCCCGUACUCGGAAUCCAUGGGUCGUUAUCUCUCAGCCACGAAGCGCGACAACAUUGCCCGUUACGCUGAGUCGUUCAAGGAGACACUGCUCACGGCCGAUGAGGGCAGCGACCAGUACUACGACGACGUGAUUCACAUCGACCUGACCACUCUCGAGCCGCACAUCAACGGCCCCUUCACGCCUGACCUACACCACCCGCUGUCACAGUUCAAAGCCCACAUCCGGGAGAGCUCCUGGCCUUCCAACAUCAGCCACAGCAUGGUCGGCAGCUGCACCAACAGCUCCUACGAGGAUCUUGAGAAGGUCCACAACCUUGUCCAGCAGGCCAAGAAUGCUGGUAUGUCGCGUCCCAAGACACCCUUCCUGGUGAGCCCAGGGAGUGAGCAGAUCCGGGCCACUGCCGAGGAUGCGGGUAUCUUGGGAGGUCUUCGCGAUGCCGGUGCCGUGGUUCUGAGCAAUUCCUUCAACCGAAACUUCACUGGCCGCCAUGACGGCAACCCCGCUACACACUCCUUCGUCACAUCUCCCGAGAUCGCCACUGCUUUUGCUUACGCCGGCGACCUGUCUUUCAACCCAAGCACCGAUUCAAUUACGGUCGUUGGCGAUUCUGGCGCUACGACCGAAUUCCGCUUCACCCCUCCCACCGCUCAGGAGCUUCCGGACGCCUUUAUCGCUGGCAAUGACCUGUACCAGGCGCCUGUACUGGAGAAUACAGGCCAGUACAGGGUUGAAAUUGACGAGAACAGUGACCGACUUGAGCUUCUCGAGCCCUUCCCAGCCUGGAUGGAUGGCCGGGCCAGUGAGAUGCAGGUUCUCGUCAAGGUUGCUGGAAAGUGUACAACUGAUCACAUCUCCCCGGCCGGCCCUUGGUACAACUACCGCGGUCACCUCACCAACAUCAGCCACAACAUGUUGCUGGGAGCCUCAAAUAGCUUUCUGCCAGAGAACACCAGUCUCGAUAUGAUUGGCAAGACCAAGGAUCCCGCUGACGGAGAACUCAAGUUGAUCCACGAGGCUGCCCGCAACAUGAAGAACAAGGGUCUCAAAUGGUGUAUCAUUGGCGACAACAAUUACGGCGAGGGGAGUUCACGCGAGCACGCCGCUCUGGAGCCGCGUUUCCUGGGCGGCACGGCUGUCAUCGCCAAGAGCUUUGCUCGCAUCCACGAGACCAAUCUCAAGAAGCAGGGCAUGCUGCCCCUGACAUUUGAUGAUCCCGCGGACUACGACAAAAUCCGGGAGGGUGAUGUGAUCACCGUGCUGGGAGUCGAUGGCAAAGAGUUACAGCCGGAGAAUGGGGUUGCUGUGUUACCGGGCUCUUUCAACCGCUCGGUCUUCGAUGCUCCCCAUGAGAGUGUCACGUCGGAUGAGGAUUUGACAGACGCCAAUAUAUUUCUCAACCAGACUCAGUUUAUCGCCUACGAUAAGAAGUUUUUCGACAUUAUUGGUCCCAAGGCAAAAGUCAACCAUGUACAGACACUCGCCUUUCAGACACACGAGGCCCCUUGUUAUAAUUCCGAUACAAAGCAGCUUUUCUUUGUCGAAUGGGGGCCCCCUGGUGGAGAAAAGGGCGUUCACUCAUGGCAGUACAUGUUGGAUACAGCUACCAACGAGUUGCGCAAUAUCACGACUGACCCCCCCACCAUCAACGCCCACGGCUGCGUCAUCUACAAUAAGCGGAUGUACGUUGUUACGGAUGGCGGUCCCAAAGAGACUGGUCAACUUGUCAAAAUCGAUCCUAAGACUCUCAAGAAGGAGGUUCUGCUCAACAACUUCUACCAGCAGCCAUUCCUGGGUUUCAACUAUUUGGACGUUGACCGUCAGGGUAAUUUUUGGUUGACAGAUUCCAAGUCUGGCUAUGGUCGCGACAUUGUCCCUUUUGCCAACCCUACAAAUCCCACGGUCUAUCGCGUCGACGGGAAGACUAUGAGACCUAAGGUCGUUCAUAUCACCACCGGCAACGCCAACGGGGUUGCUAUAGCGGACAGCGAACAUGGACAAGUCAUAUACCUCCCUGACACAGGUGUCUCCGAGUUCAAACCCGUUUCGCAGAAGAAUGCUUUCGGGAACAGGGGUCUGUACGCCUUUGACGUUGGUCAGAACGGCAUCUUGACGAACCAGAGAUUGCUUAACAACCCAAUUGGGUACUUUUACGACGGGCUUCGUGUCUCGCGUAACGGAUGGAUCUUUGCUGGAGCUGGCGAUGGAGUUGAUGUUAUUGACCCUGGGACUGGUCUCGCUUUGGGGACAAUCCGCAUCGGCGGAGGCGAGAACGUGGCGUUGGAGCAGCAGAUUGCCAAGGUGAAGAUCUAA